CUCCAGGAGCGCGCGACUUGGCAUCAGAGCUCCUACUGCCUCCCUAUUAUGCAGCUGCUCUGGCAGACCCCAGGGACUGUAAAGUCCGAUGGGACAAGCCCUCGACCUUCACUCAACCCUUCCAGCCUCCCAGCCACCACCAUAUCCCUUACUCCCAACCCCCACCCCACCCUACCCCUUGUCUUCUCCCAGCUUCGGUGUCCGGUUACGGGCUCCUCACUUCUCACUGUGACUUUGGCCCAGCUAGGGGAAGUGGCCCAGGAGGGUCCCUUGAGGCUGCAUGAAAUUGGCAGCUUCAGAACUGGAGGGAGGGGGUUGAGUGCGACGUCGAGAGGCGGGGAGAGGGGCGGAGGAGGUGCUCUCUGAGUCCAAGUCCGUGGGCUCUCUCAGAGAUCCUCAAGCCGGAGCAGAGGUGGCUGGCAGGCCCAGCGGAUUGUUGGCCUCUGCUUUCUUUCCACCGCCUGCUUUUUCCCACCGGAGACAGGGCUGUUCUGAAGGGCUUAGUCCUGGACACUAGGGUGCCACGAACGCGCUGAUGCCCGGAGUGCUCGCAGGGCUUCCAGCUAACCAUGCCGCAGCAGCCCGCAGCUGCCACGGCGCCGCCCUCGCUGCUCCUGCUGCUGCCGCUGCUGCUGCUCCUGCUACGGACGCCGCCCCCGACAGGCGCACGGCCGUCCCCAGGACCCGAUUACCUACGGCGCGGCUGGCUGCGGCUGCUGGCGGAGGGCGAGGGCUGCGCUCCCUGUCGGCCAGAAGAGUGCGCCGAGCCGCGGGGUUGCCUGGCUGGCCGGGUGCAAGACGUGUGCGGCUGCUGCUGGGAAUGCGCCAACCUCGAGGGCCAGCUCUGCGACCUGGACCCCAGCGCCCACUUCUACGGGCGCUGCGGCGAGCAGCUUGAGUGCCGGUUGGACGAGGGCGGCGACCUGAGCCGCGGAGAGGUGCCGGAGCCUCUGUGUGCCUGCCGCUCUCAGCGCCCGCUCUGCGGGUCGGACGGCCGCACCUACGCGCAGAUCUGCCGCCUGCAGGAGGCGGCCCGCGCUCGACCUGACGCCAACCUCACGCUGGCGCACCCGGGGCCCUGCGAAUCCGAGCCCCAGAUCGUGUUGCAUCCGUAUGACGUUUGGAACGUGACGGGGCAGGAUGUGAUCUUUGGCUGCGAGGUGUUUGCCUACCCCAUGGCAUCCAUCGAGUGGAGGAAGGACGGCUUGGACGUUCAGCUCCCCGGGGAUGACCCCCACAUCUCAGUGCAGUUCAGGGGUGGACCCCAGAGGUUUGAGGUCACAGGCUGGCUGCAGAUCCAGGCUGUGCGUCCCAGCGACGGAGGUGUCUACCGCUGCCUGGCCCGCAACGCCCUGGGCCAGGUCGAGGCUCCAGCUAGCCUGACAGUGCUCACGCCAGACCAGCUGAACUCCACAGGCAUCCCCCAUGUGCCAUCCGUGCCUCUGAUUCCUGGGGAGGAGGCUGCGAGUGAAGAGGGCGAGGAUUACUACUAGGGCUGCAGCCCCGGGCUGUGGGGGUGCGUGAGUGGGGAGAGUGCUCAUCCCUGCUCUUGAAAAGACCUGGAAGGGGGAGCAGGGCCCUUUCAUUGCUUUGGUGCCCUUAAUAGGGGGAACACGGUGGUGGUUAAGUAGGGAGACAAAAGUUGGCAGAGGGCAGGGAGAGAGGCAGACGCUAGGGGAAGUGGGAAGCAAAGAGGCCUAUGGAGGAGGUGCCCUGGCCAGGACAGCCUCCAGCAUAGACCAACCAGGCAGAAGACAGCAGCUGCCUCCUGGUCGCUAGGCUGGGAGGGAGUAUCAGGGAAGGGGGUUGCAGAGGAAACACAAAGAGGCAGCCGGGAUCCUCCACUUCUUCCUGACAACCUUCCCUCCAGCCCUCUUCAGCCAGUCUUCUGAACUACCCUUUGUCACAGCUCCUACUGUUAUUUUUCUAGUCCCUAACCUUGGCCUAGCCUCAGUUUUCCCUUCCUCAAAACUCACCUUCUAGAAAUUUCUCCCCUCACCUAAGUUCUAAUUGCACUUACUAACAGCAGUCCUCUUUGCUGUUGGCCAUCUGUGGUCUGGAAAAGCAUAAUGGAGCACGGUUUAGGCCAGUGCAUUAAGAUGGGCAUUUGGUCAUGUCUAACUUCUGUCCUUCUGGAAAAUUCGAGGCCAGGACCAUAUCUUAUACCACUCUGUAUUGGACACUGCCUAGCACAGGACUAGGCACAGUAGGCAUGCAAUAAAGAUUUAUGAACAAACUGA